AAGUAAUUUUCCUCCUCCCUUUAUGCGAGAUAAAUUCAUCCAUCAUGGCGGACAAUAGUCAUCUGGAAAAUCGUCGUUUCGUUCAGGAAUUUAUAAACUCAGAAUUCGUGCAUAUGAAAUCGCUUAACAACGUUGAAAGUAUAUUAAGAAGAGUUGAGGAGGACAAGAAGGGUUUGGAAGAUCAGCUUUCAACAGUAUCAAGUGAAGUACCAAAGAAGAUUGAAGGUGCUGUGCAGGAUGCCAGCAACUCUGUACGUCACAUUCAGGACAUCUCUGAAGAACAGACUAAGAUUAGUCAGGACAUAACAAGUCACUUGACUCAAACACAACCAACAAAAGAAAACCUUGCUCAGUUUACAACUCAGGUGGAAGGUGUUGAAAGAUAUGUCCACUAUCUCAGAUGGCUGACUUUUUUCGAAGAAAUGAGUAAUGAUAUUCAGCAGUCGGUGUUGGUGAACUCCCUCGGUGGUGCCGUCAACUUUUUUGCGGAAAUGUUUGAUAUCUGUGAGGUUCUGCAGAAGUCCAGGUGUGUGAACCUGGUCCAGUUCUCCAACUCAACAAUCCUCUUCUGGCACAGAAUUCUCAAGGAUAAAUUGUCAAGUGAGUUUGAGGAGGUUGUGAAACAGCUGGGCUGGCCGUUCCUGGGUGUGUCUACCCACGUGCCCCUGCAGGUGCCCCGCCCGACUCACCUGGAGCUGACCUUCAGAUUGGAGACUCUGUUUGAACAGCUGCUGAAGAUCCAACUUCCUGACACGAUGACAGGCAGGAUGAGAAGGUCAUCUCAGACGUCCAUGGUUAGUGAUGAUGAGGAGCGACCUCUUCUGCUGCCCCUGCAGCUGCUGCUGAAACCACUCCGAAAACGCUUCAAAUUUCACUUCACUGGGAGUAAACAGACUAAUGCUCUAGACAAGCCAGAGUGGUACCUUACCCAGAUCCUGGGCUGGAUCAGAGAUCACGCUGACUUCCUGGAUCACAACAUCCAACCUCUCCUCAACAGAGCUGGGCACCCUCAUGUGGAGGCAAAGGUGGAGUUUACCCGAGGCCUGCUGACACUGGUGGCAGACAAGCUGGCACAAGACAUGGACUCCCUGCUGUAUGAUGAAUACCUCUUCUCUCAUACUAUAGAUGAGGUUCUGCUGUUUGAUCGUGAACUGCGGGGGUCCUACAACUACCCAGCCAGCCAGCCAGGGGUCCUACAUGUCCUGACUGUACAGGACACCUUCCACAGGUGGAUUACUGUGGAGAGGAAAUUUGCUGUAGAGAAGAUGGACCUUCUGUUCUCGUCGGAGACAGCCUGGACAUGUCAGUAUGGAGACAUUGAGGAUGUAGAUGACAUGAAGACAGGAGAAUGUGCAGAAGGCUUCAUGACCCUCAUGCUGGCACUCACAGAUCGAUACAAGCCCCUUCCUUCUGCUGCCAACAAGCUGCAGUUUCUGGACCUGCAGCUGGAGCUGAUUGAUGACUUCAGGAUCCGCCUCACCCAGGUCAUGAAGUCCGAGGCCCAAGACCCCCUAGGUUACACCUUCCUCUCCAUCUUGAAUGCUGUCAACUAUGUCAUCAGUGUGCUGCGAGAGUGGUCAGAGACAGUGUUCUUCCUACAGCUGCAGUACUACCGUGCAGAGCAGUACUAUACCAGCAGGGACCAGAGCCUGCCCCAGGAGCCGGACCUCAGCAGCUUGCAGGGAGCUGUGUUUGAUGAACUCAUCACCCUGUUCCAGCUGCUGAGGACUGACAUGCUGUCUGUGGUGUGUAACCUGGUCUUUACUGAGAUGAAGGCAAGGAGUAAAGACUACAAGGAUGAAAAAUGGCUGGGCUUGCCCUCCGACAAGGAGUACAUCUCCCGGAUGGUGUCAGCAUCAGCCUGCCCACUCCUCCUGCUGCUGAAGGACAGACUGCACCAGCUGCAGCUCCAGCUGGCCACUUCGCUCUUCAGCAGGGUGUGGCAGACUCUAGCGGAUAUCAUCAACACUUUCAUCAUGGAGGAGGUCAUCCUCAACAACCACUUCAAUGAUGGUGGAGCAGCGCAGCUUCAGUUUGACAUGACCAGAAAUCUCUUCCCUUUGUUUGGUGAAUACACACCCAGGCCUGACAACUACUUCAAAGAUGUGAAGGAAGCAUGUUUACUGCUGAACUUGAAGCCUGGCUCAGCUAUCCUGUUGAAAGAGAUGCUGAAUAAGACCUUACAUGGAUCUAAGGUAGACCCAAACACUGAAAAGGAAUCACCAGAAAAGGUGCUGAUGGAUAUGGGUGUGUUCAAGUUGUCUGCUCAGGAGGCUGAGAGGGUGCUGAACUUACGGGCAAACUGGCCAGCAGGGAGGCAGGGCAGGUCAUAAUGCACACAUCCAAAGGACAUUGUGGACAAUGAUAGCACAUAUAAUGUUUCGGGCUCAAUUUAUAUUUACCAGUCAUUAAAGUUGUUGGUAAAGUUCUGUUUGCCAUUGGAUAAGAAAUGAUAAGCUGUAUCCAAUGUCUCAUCAAAGCAUGACUUUGGACAGUAAGACUGGAUCAUGUUUGUAUUGCAAGCACUUCUGCUUCUUUAUGGAUGAUUCAGUACCUCUGUACCAUUAUAUAUAUGUAGUACAGAGCAAGGCAAGAAGAAUAUACAUUACUGUCUAAAUUUUAGAUGACCAGGUUUAUUGAUACCUUAAUCAAACUACAUGUAAUUUUUUUAAUCUCCUUGAUAAUGAUAGGACUCAAAAUACUUGCACUACUGGCGUUAAUGUAGCUAUAUGUGCAGUAAAAUCAGCCAAAUUAUAGGGUCGAGAUAAUCUGAAGGAAUUUUUGUUUUGUUCUGUUUUAAGAGUGCUUUGUCAAAAUCAUGUAGUCUCUACAAGACUCCGGCUUGGCCGAAUAGUAAGUGAUGAUAGGGGACUUUGGCCAAGUUAGGAAUAAGAGCCUAGUAGGGGUUAACUGGCCUAGGAAUGAACUGACUGGCCGGUGCUGGAUGGACUGUAAAUGACUGACUGAAAUCCAAUGGCAACAUAUUUGGCCCAAUUCAUCUCUUUUUUCAUCUACUGUAGCUGACACGUCUGCUUGGAGACUAAAAAUCAUGACCCCUUCAUAAUUUUCUUUGACAAAUAAACAGCACAC